GUCGGUGCAGGUCAUGGGACCAACACUUAUGAAGGUGGCUGCAAGAGUCCUCUUAAGAGGAGCUCUGAGUCGUGGCUUCUGGGUUAAUAUUUAUAGGUCUACAGUGGUUUGUUUCGUAAGACACUUUGACCGAACGUUUGCCUUGGUUUAUCAUUGAAAGCGGUAAAUGCCUGGGGGAAAUUAUUUCUGUAAUUUUAUUCAACCAGCCACAGGCCAUCAUAUAUCCUCCUGUUCAUGGCUUCUGCGUCCACAUCUCCAGAUCCCCUCGUAUCCAAGUCGCAGUGUCUCUUGGUCUCGAUCUCUGUUCCCGUCUCCCCGUGCCCCACGUCCCCUUAUCCCGGGACCUGUCGAUGUUUUAGAGUCUCCGCACUCUCGUGUCCUCACGUCCCCUUGUCACCGUGCCGCAGGAGUGUCCUCGUCCCCGUGUCCCCCAGGAAGUCCCGUGUCUCCACGUCCCGUGUCACCGAGGAAGUCCCCGUGUCUCCGGGUUCCCGUGUCACCGAGGAAGUCCCCGUGUCUCCACGAUCCCGUGUCACCGAGGAAGUCCCCGUGUCUCCACGAUCCCGUGUCACUGAGGAAGUCCCAGUGUCUCCGGGUCCCCGUGUCAUCGUGUCACCGAGGAAGUCCCCGUGUCUCCACGUCCAGUGUCUCCGGGUCCCCGUGUCUCCACGUCCCGUGUCACCGAGGAAGUCCCCGUGUCACCGAGGAAGUCCCCGUGUCUCCGGGUCCCCGUGUCUCCGCGGGAGGGUCCGGUGACCGCCCGCCCGCCCGCCCGCCCGUGCUCGCCGCUGCCUCCGCGUUGCUGAGGCCGCCGCCGCCGCCAGAGAAAGAAUAAGAAGUGAACGAAGAGGCUCUGAGCGCGAUGCCGCGCAGAGGGGCAGAGAAGGAGCCGCUGAGCCGCUUCUAUUCGGUGUCCGAGCCGCGGCUCCAUGAGCGCGGGCACACGGAGUACAAGGUCACGGCGCGGAUCGUGUCCAGGAAACAUCCGGAGAAGAUUUCGGAGACCGUGGUUUGGAGACGCUACAGCGACUUCAAGAAGUUGCAUCGCGACCUGGCCUACAUCCACCGCAACCUCUUCCGCCGCCGCUCGGAGGAGUUUCCUGCUUUUGCGAAGCCCACAAUAUUUGGUCGCUUCGAGGCGGCCGUGCUCGAGGAGCGGCGUGCGAGUGCCGAGAUGCUGCUGCGCUUCGCUGCCACCGUGCCGGCACUCUACAACAGCCAGCAGCUCAAGGACUUCCUGGAGGGAGGCCAUAGCUAUGAGUUAGGAGAGUCUGCUCCUCUGCCAUCUCUGCCCGAACCACUGCUGCCUUUACCGGGCAUCGAUUCCCCGCCAUCCACUCCGCCGCUGCCUGCCAACACCACCAUACCACCUGCACUCCAGCCCUCACACAGCGCGUCAUCAGCUGUUUGCCAGCCUCAAGUUGCAGAUGAGGACUUGGAUCUGCUGGAUGGCCUCACCUCCACGCUGUCUGUGAGCGGAGUAGAAGAUUGUGUCAUCUCCACGGAUCUAUGUCUAGACGAGGCGGGACCUCCAUAUGACACAGCCCCAGUCACCACCACACUAGAUAUGAAGAUUGAGGCACCACGAGAGGGACAAGGCCUGCAUGAAGAAGAGAAGAUGGAGGACACCCAGGGGCAAUACAAAGGGGGUAGAAGCAUGGACGAGAGAGAAAGCGAGAACAAAAGUGACAAGAGUGAGGAUGUUGGUGCUAGGGAUCCCAGCUUGGCCUCUAUUCCUGUAGCUGGACUUUCCCAACAUGAGUUGGAGUUGUUUGACCCCUGCGCCAAGUCAGGAGAGGAGGACGGAGAUUGGUUUGCUGAGCUGCUCGAAGAUGACGUCCUACAUGGCGUUUAGAUUUAGCCAAACGGCACAUCACUUCUGACUUUGCACAGAUGUGACUUCAUUCCAGUGAACAAGCCUUGCCUUUCAAGGACUACAUAAAGGCUUGGAUUAGUUCACUUUCUUCUGAUUGGCCAGCAUUCUAUACACUGGUUAGAUGAACAUUUAAAGGCAUGUGGUGCACAAUGUGAGUGUCACCAGCAUUGCAACCAGUGCAUGCAGGAUGUCUUAAAAACAACAGCCAAAUGAGUGAUGCUUCUGUAAAUAAAUGGUGACGAGGAAUUCCUUGCGGCGGGGACUUUUGACAGGUGUGGACCGGGGUGCGCGCUGCUGGUCUCUGCAGAACCUGCCCAGAUUCUGGGCACCAGUGCAAGGCCAGGAGACCAAAGAAGACACCUCCUUGGCUCGAUGUAGAUGCAUUCCUCGCGUUGUGCUGCUUCUCGUGCUCGCUGUCCAUACACCGUGGCAUGACAAGUUAGCACAACCAAAAAGCCCUUGGUACUGAUGGCUCCAUGAUGAAUCUUUGGUUAGGAGAAUAUGGACAGUAUGAGACUUAAGUGGCUGCAUUGGGCAGGUUGCCGGUUCUUGCCGAGUGCCAAGCCACUGGGGUGCGAGGUGUACGUCAGCCAGGUGUUUUCCAUUUUGUCUUUAAAGCUGCUAAAACUCGUAUGUAUGCAAGUAAAAUAGCAGUUCUGAGCAAACUGGAAAAAAAAACCAGUACAGUGACAGAGAGGAAGUGGUUGUAGCUUAUGUGCACGUGUGUGACGUGGACAAGGCGGUGGAAAGUCGUGGUGACUGUUAAGCAGCACUGCAAGACGCAUCACGUAUUUAAAAUCAUAGUUAAUUGCGUGCGUCCUGCGGGGUUUCACACACUAAUUGAAUAAGUGCACUGGGUUCUCCCGUAUAAUCGCCGGACCCUGUGUUUAGUUUGUUGUGCCCACCCCCCCGCACCUCCGAUUAUCACAGUUUUGGCUGCGUACGUUGCCAAAAAAGUUCAACGUACAAUACACUAGGGUGAAUAUAAAGAAUUAAAAUUCAAUACACUUUUCCUGAUUAAAAGAUUACAACCUGCUCCUGGGCAAGUACUAGGUGGACUGCUGCAUCUCAGAAUAGUGAGAGAUGCGGACGGCUUGGGAAGGCCAUCAUCCAGCAGUGGAUUGGUGGUGGAUGAUCAUGGUGAAAUGAGCACGUAAAAACAAGGUUGAUAAACUGACGAUACAUGUAGACUGAAACCACCGGCUCACGCUUGCAUACUGUAUACUGCAUUUCGGAGAGUUGUUGAAGACGGACUGAGACGACAAUAUUGCAAUGUUCAACUAAAGGGGUGAAGGAAACUUUCCCCCGCGUUAUUUUGAGUAGCGGGUACUGUGGGAAGCGUGUGUGGUGCUGUGGCGUAUCGAGAUAGACGUGCACGUACACGCAUCGUGUUUUACGCGCGGUUUUAGGGAUUUUUUCCACACCAUCGGGUUUAUGCUAAUGCGACAUUGAUGUUGCGCGUGUGGAACGUGUGGCGUUUCGAGCGUGGGUUACGCGGUGGGGUCAGCCGUGCGUGACCCCACGCGGCUCCUCCCAAGCUGCUGUGCCCGGGGAUCAUCGCCGUUCUUGCACGUGCACUGCUAUUGCGACCGGCUUCAAUAAAGCACACGGCUGUUA